AUGGGUUCGUUUUUAACAUUUAAUUAUGCCUGUCGAAACGACUAUUAUUAUAUUUGCAAAAAACUAAAAUUCGUUAAUAAAUCUAUUUCAGAGAACGGAUUCGAUUUAAACGCGUUGUUGACGAAUUAUGAACAUCUCCAUAAAGUCAAACCACAACAAUUUACUAGUGUAUCCAAAGGCGUUAAAAAACGUCUUGAGACCACCAUAAAGCGCAGACAUAGCUGUCGACUUACUAUUUUUGAUAGACUCAGAAAUUUACCUCAAAUUAGUCCAGUACCAAAAAUAACUAAAGAAGAGAAACUUAAACAAAAAACUGAAGAGAGAAAGUUGAAACUGGAGAAAUGGAAACAAGAAAAAGAAAAUAAGAAAAAGCAUGCUGCUGCUAUUAAAAAAAAGCCAUUUGUUGUAGGUGCUGUAAGGCCUCCACCUAAGUUGGAGCAGUUACCAACAAUAAUGCCUAGCACAUCAGGUAGAGUUACAAGAUCACAAGUAAAGAAAUCAACUAUAACAAAGAAAUCAUUUGCACCUGAGAAUGCGACUUUUUGCCCUCCUGUAAUUAAAGGAAUGGAAGAAAUUCCUGUCUUAAUUUUGCCAUCUUCCCGUAAAGGAAAAUUAACAAUGGUUAGUUUCCAACCAGUUAUAUCAGAAAUCAAAUCAAAUAAUAUUUCAUUUGUUAAAUCAAACAAAGUCAAGGAGGUUGUUAGCAAAGAACAUAAAAAUAUAGACUUAGUUGAUACUGUAGAAAACAAAAAAAAAAAUAAAGUUGCAGAGAAAAAUAGGAUAAAGAAGAAUCAAAAAACAAUAACAGUUGAGACUUUACAUUCUGAUGAAAGCACAUCUGAUAAACCUCCAACCAGAAUUGUCAACAACUUAAAAAAAAAUAAAACCAUUAUUAAACAUACUUCUAUCAAGAACUCUGUGUCUUUAAAUGAAAAACACUUUAAAGAUGAACCUAAAUAUUGUAGAGUUAAAGAAAAUAAACAAAAGUCUGAUAAGCUCCAAAAAAAGGAGAUACUAUCUGAUCAAAGUAACCCUAAAGAAAUUACAGAAAAUAUUAAAGUUUCUCACAAAAAGGAAAAUGGAAAGAGAGGAAAGCUGAGUGCUAUCACGAUCUCUAGUUCUGAAGAUAGUUCACCCAUUGAUAAAAGAAACACAAGAAAAUCUGUACAAAGAAAGAAGAACAACAAAACAAAGGAAUUGGAUUUAAUAGAAAUUAAGGAUGUACCUAUACCUUAUAUUUACUUAGAUAGCACACACUCUUCACUCAAUGAGUCACCAAUAGUUAGGGCUAGAAAAUCUAAAUCAUUGCCUACUACUGAUACGGGGUCAAUGAGAACCCCAGUGAAACCUAUACCAUAUAGCGAAUCUAGUUCUGAGGAGAGGUUGCGGUCUCCUCCAGAAAUUCUACUGACACCAGAACAGAUUACAGAGAUAGCAAACAGUCCUUGCAUCACAACUUCCCGAGGGAAAGAUAAUGCUAGGCGGGAAAUGCAAAAGAAACUUAAAGAAGGUCAUCUCGCUGAUCAUAUUGAAUCUAUGGAUACCGUUAACCAUUUCCACCGUCAGUUGAAUAUGGAAACAAAUCGGCUGACGGAGAUGGCCGACCUCUGGGAAAAUAUUUUGGAACAGAAUACGCUGCCUGAUUUUGUUCAGGAGGCAAUACUCACAGCGGUAGGACAGGCCCGACUACUGAUGUCCCAGAAGUUCCAGCAGUUUGCUGGUCUGGUGGAUAGCUGUGACGCUGCAGAUCCGUCCCAACCGCUGGUGACUCCGCUUGAUCUGCAGGGCUUUUGGGAUAUGGUGUAUAUGCAAGUGGAAAACCUAGACGUUCGUUUCGCGAAGUUAAGGGAGAUGCAGGCUCGAGGUUGGGCGCCGGAGGAGAGGCCUCGAGAGAAGAGGCGCAAAGCACCUCCACCGAAAGCAGCCAAACCUGCCACCACCAGCCGCAUUAAGGAUAUGAUUGCUGCCGCUCGUAAGGCCAAAAAGGAGCAAGCAGCUCCAGAGAGUAGCAAGACCUUCGAGGCGGGUUUCUUCAGCGUGCAGUCCCCCAUCCGAAGUCCGGCCCCGGCCACUCCGAACAAACCCACCACUCUGUUGAAAGCCGUACUCUCCAGCGAGGCGAAGAAGGCGUCUGCUUCUAAGAAUGCCGCUUCUUAUGCGAUGCUGCGAGCGUCAAUGAUUGGAAAGAACAUUGAACCGGAACAUGAUUCCAGUAGUUUGAAUUUAAUACAAUUCACACCCAUUAACCUAAAAGCGACACCCGGGCGCAGCAUUCUCAAGUCUGGUGCCAAAAACUCCCGAAAAUCCCUUAAAAUGGUCCUCUUCGACAGUUCCGAUACCAACCCUCUAGAUUCUUCUCUCGAUAAAGACAUCAGCGGCGUCAAAAGACUCGAAAGUGAAGACUCACCGAGUUCAGAACCGGAAAACUCUCAAGAAAUGGAAAAUCAAGAAAAAAAAACGACCACAGACAACGAAGAUGUAAAAGAAGAUACGGAAGAGUCUGUGGGAAAGGAGAACAUUGACGAGUCUAUGAAAAAGGAAAAUGACGAAUCAGAGGAUACUGAAACUAAAAAGACCAAAAUAGGGCGGGGUCAUAGACUCUUACGACAGGAUGCCGAAUUCAGCCCAAUGAAGACCCGAAGUGGAAGAAAAUCUGAUAGUAACAGGAAGGAAGUACUUCAAGAUGCAAACGUGAACACACCGAGACGGUCCUUAAGGAGAAAAUCUAUGAUGGCUAAUAAGUAA